GUGGAGUGCCAAUGGCCAACACAACACGAUGGGCACAGCAUCCACCGUCCGAUCUAAACCCAACGGGAAGAGAAGAGGCGAAGCGACCCACCUCCUCUCCUAGAUCAGUUCCUCGCCGUCGCCGACCCCCAUCACUCGCGCCUCGCCGCCCGCCGCCGGCCUCCUCCUCGCCGGAUCCGAUGUCUGCGCUCUUCAACUUCCACUCCUUCGUCACGGUCGUGCUGCUGCUGAUCUGCACCUGUACCUUCCUCAAGAUGCACUUCCCCUCCCUCCUCGUCCGCCGGACAGGAUUUCGUGGUUUCUUUUGGAAGGCUGCUAGGAUAGGUGAGCGCCUUAGCCCUUGGGUAGCCAUGGGAUGUUCUGUCAUGGGCAUAUCUAUUAUAUUUUAUUGAGAUCAGAAGAUAUUUUUGUGCUGCUAUUAUCUGGGGACAGCUUUGCCUGUAGAUAGGUGCAAACUGAUGCCCUUUGUGUCUUAAUUUGUUUAUAUCCUUGUUUCUUUUCCCUGUAAGCAUAAUAUGAACUUCAUCUAAACUGUUUUCCGCUUUCCACAUCAGAGAAGUGGGGGGGCUAGGAAAUUUUGGCAGAACUAUAGUCUAAUUUGUAUUUUUCUUGAGAUGUCAGGUUUUGCAGUCUUGUAGUCUGAUAUUCCUUGGUCAGUUUGUGGCAUUAUGAGUUUAUGACCAUGCU